ACAGUCGGCCACCAAUCCUCAACCAUGCUACACCGCAGAACAAAAUAAUAAUAUUAAUUAUUAUUGCCGUUAAUAAUAACAUUUACUAUUAUUAAUAAUAAUAAGCAGUGAGAGUGUUAUAUGAAAGUGUUAUUAACAAAUAAGAAUAAUGGAUUUCAGAAUAUUUUUUCUUUUGAUUGCUACCAUAACUACAGCUAAAACUCUGACGACGGGUCUAAGACUCCUUUUUCCACAAGAGCAUAGAGAAUACAUAUUUGUAUUAAAAAGUAACGUGUCCACCGGCACUUGGAAUCCUCGGAAAAGCGCCACCUAUUGGCAGCUGGAAGGAAACUUGCAUAUACAAGUGUAUGACAACUUUACUAAGGCUCGAUUGAGUUUGAGUGAUCUGGAGAAAACAGUUUGCUGUAUCAAUAACGAUGCUGUUCGUGACUUGGAGACAGCUGAUGACAAAUACUUGAGAGAACCAUGGGAAUUGGAGUAUCAGGAUAACGGCUACAUUCAGUCUAUCUACGUGGGUCGGGAGCCUGCCUGGUCGGUGAACCUGAAACGAGCCAUAUCUAUCAACUUCCAGCUCACCAAGAAUACGGGCACUUAUUCUGUUAAUGAGCCAUGCCUCGAUGACAUUUGCGCCAUGAUCUACCUGUCCAAGGGGAAUCUGAUCAAGAAGUACACGAGCCUCAAGGUGCCCACAGCCAGGAGUCGAAACAGCUGGGCUUCAGUGCCGUGGUCUUCAGCUUAUAAUGGCAUUGCUGUGAUAGAUUCAGUAUCAUCAGCCGAGAGGACGUAUGAGCUAGAUGACCACAAAGGACUGAUAUCAAUAGAGUUACGAGGCAGUUACCAGUAUAAAACUCAUGAUCAUAUACUAGCUGUGAAUACUGACUUAUCACUUUCCUAUGAUCACGACAAGCCAGCCCCAAGCGUGGAAAAGAUGAACCUUUGUCAGACCACCAUACAGUAUGUAGCUAGUGACUUUCGAGACCCUUCCAAUGGUAUCAGAAACCUCACUCAAGGUUAUUUGAAGAAUUCUACUUAUGAGAUUCUACUAAAGAUUGCGAGAAAAGGUAUCGACGCUGACAACAUAGUGAGGAAUGCAUCGCUUAUACAUAGCUUAGAUUUCAUCGAUCUUUUGAACACAAUAUCAAGACUAAACUACGAGACACUAAUACGAUUAUUCGACGACCUAGUCCUAGGCACGAGCUAUGAGCUGGAGACAGCUCGGAACAUAUUCAUAGAAGUGCUACCACACGCUAGGAGUGACGCUAGUGUGAGAUUUAUCAAGUACCUGGUCUUGGAGGAGAAGGAAAAAGUCGAAGACGCAGCCCUCCUCUCUCUCAUCAGGAAGCUGCCCUUCAACGUGGCAGCCCCCCACCAGGCACUCCUCGAAGAGAUGGAAGUCCUCUCCAAGCUAGGUCUGGACUUUCCCCCCGAUAUCCGUCACGCCGGCAUCCUGAGUUUCGCCACAUUGCUGCAUAAGACUAUGGAGACUUCGCAAGUUAAGCAGGAUUAUUUUGAUAAUAUCGUUGUCAAGUAUUUUCGGAUGUAUAGUGACUGCCCUCAAUACCUAGACCGCAUGAUUUGGCUGCAAGGUCUGUGCAACAUUGGCUACUCAGCCGAGUCGUACACAAGGAUCAUACACGCUGACACCACGAGAGACAAGCAUGAGAGACUCUGGGCUGCUCUAGCUGGGAGCCCGAAGACUGAGGAUCCUUAUACGAUACUAGAAACAACAAUACCAAUAAUAACAAACGAGACAGAAAGCAUACAACUAAGAAUCAUAGCGCUCCACACGUUUCUAAGCUCAUCGAAUGUUCGAGAAUCAGACUUUAUGUUCGUUCACAAUUAUAUUAGAAGUUGUAAUAACAGCCAGUUGAAAAGGUUCUGGUUUGCUACCAUGAAGAAUUUGGAAGCUAAUAAGCAUUUUUCUGGAUAUAAAGUUACCUCCUUCUACGUCCCCUUCGUAGUCAACCAGGUAUCGAACCCUGACCCCCUCUACUGGGCUACUAACAACUACAUCAUCAGCGCCCAGGAGGAGGACAGUACAGCAUCACUGCAGGUCUUCAGCGUCGGAGACUCUGAAGGGGUCCUGCCGAAUUUUGUAGGAGCCAAGCUUAGUACUGGUGGGAGAAGACCUUUUAAAGCUGAUAUCUACGUAGUAAUGCAAGGAGUAGCCACGAGUCUGUUCAAGAAGUUAGACUACUAUCAUGACAAUGGUCUGAAGGUGGAAGAUCUGAUUCAAAUCCUCAAGAAGAUGAAGGCGUGGGGGGUUAAAGUGCCUGAAAAGGUACACAUAGAUGUGGUGAUCAAGAUCCACGACAAGACAGUUUUCGCGACACACAUGAAUCAGUCGCGAUUUGAAAGCGGCAGCGGUGAAGAUUUGGCAUACAUAGAAGAUUUUCUCCGCUUCGGAAGCCAUAUAAACCAGCAAAUAGUGUACUACCCCUUUCAAACGGACGUCAAUCUAGCCAGCGAGAUGGGAACACCUAUUCGACUGCAAUCAACGAUUUUGUCUUUCACUUCGAUAAGAGGAAACUUGACUGCACCGACUUCUCAGGACCAGACGUGGAAGAAUGAUCUGCAUAUCAGAUAUCAAGGAACUUCAGUGACCACGCUAUCUACCGACGGACCGUUAGUGCAGUCACUACACUCAGCGAGAAUCCAACAGUCUUUAGUAGCUCAUCUACCUAUGAAGUUCAACGUAUCCUUCUCCAAUACCGAUCAGUCGUUGGAAUUGACCUGGCCAAACCCUGGUGCUCAACAAGGGGGCGUGGCGAUGCACUCACGCGCUCAGAUCGCAGUAGAGACAUCUGCAUUGAAGUCUACCUCCACGGUUACAGCUGGGGACAAUAGUUUAGCUAAUCUCGACAACAAGAGUGUGUUCUUCGACUGCGAGCGACCAAUGACGGGAGCAGAAGUUUUGGACAAGCUUUUUACAUCACAAAAUAAUCAUUACGACUUCCUCACCUCAAUCCAGCCAUCCCUCAUCAUCUUAAACAGCAUACUCCUGUUCACCUCCCCCCCCUCAGGGUCCUGCGGCCUCAUACUCCCUCCCCAGCAUCUGAUGAAGACGGAGAAUGAUGUGCUGAGGCUGAAGGUUCAGGUCAACAAGAUGAACGUCAAUGAGGACACCACCAAGUUUGAUCUGUCUAUGCUGUUGAAUUAUUUCAGCCGAGAAGAACCAAGGAAGGUAUUCUUCGAAAUGGAAGCGGUCACCAAGAUCGAGACGACAGGAGGCAACGCGAACCUUCAGCUCACUAUCCAUGGUCUUCAGCCGAGCGCUGAUAAUGUCACUAGGAAGGAAUGGACGAUAUGCCUCCGAGAACAAGACAUCAGCCACGCAGCCUCAGACCAGGACAUAUCCAUUCACCCAGCUUCUUACGAAGGUCACCUGACCUUGACCUACUCUGGCAAUAAGAGCGACUGCUUCGAGUCCGGCCCUGCUUCGGAAUUGACCUUGAAGUAUAAGGGGGUGCCACAGAAUUUGUAUGGAAAGUUAGAGAGGUAUUUUGAGGUCAAGAUUUUUGGUAGUAAUCUAUCAGAAAUGGGUAUCCUGGAAUCAGACAUCGUCACCCAGACAGCGUUAGGUCAACUGCUUAGGAGUUACAGCAAAGAACCAUUGAAUGUCACUGCUGUUAUCAAGGAACGUAACGGCUUAGCAUCAGUGAGCGUGAACAAGGGUGCUGACAUGCAGUUCAAGUCUGAUAACUUCGCGUGGUUGUUAGACAGCUGGACAGAUAUGCAGAUUAUGAAGACUCUUGGGUUGUACCGUGAAUGUCGCGUCCAAGAGAAUUUGGUACAUCUGCUGUUUGGCGGGGAGGAGCACGUCAUGUCUUCAGAUUGCCACGAGAACGUCGUGCUAGCUGAUUGCACUGAGAGACCUAAGUUUGCGGUAAUUCGAGAAAGAGGCGGAGUCAAAGUAUAUACAGGAGGAUUCUACGUGUUGAUAACGUCAGAGGAAGAUCAGAAACCUACGGUAGACUCCAGCCAUGGUGGUAACCAUUUCUGGAUUUCCCGCAUCAGAAACACAGUGAAGAUAGUGUCCCGACUCACAGACCUUCAAGUGUACUACAACAAGGACGAGCUAGUUGUGCUAGUGCCACAUGUAUAUCUAGACACCGUUUGCGGAUUAUGCACGAACAUACAAACAUAUAAUGUUUGCUAGUUAUUCUUGAGGUAUUUUUGUAACGGAGUCAUUUUGUAAAGUUACGUUUUGAAUGCCAAUGGCCGACCGCACAUGCCGCGACUGUAUUAAAUCGACUACAGCUGAACUACUGGUUUGCAUGUAUUUACAUGAAACUGUUUUGGAUCGAAGCGGCAGUAGCACGUGCAUAUCGAUUGUUUUCAUACAGUCGUGGCAUGUACAAGAAGAUCCCAUCCUUACCUAUUUUUUUUUAAAUUGCACUUUCUUACUUUUAUUUACAUAGAUAUUUACAAUACAUAUUUACAAUAAAUAUCAAAAACUAUCCUAGUAAAACAAAAAACUAAAAAGCGUCAAAAAAUUCGUCCCCAUCGCUGUCAACUGGGAGCGUGCCCAAGAGGCUGGCAGCAUUACCUCGUUGGAUCGCCAUGCUGAUUCUUUGUCCUUACCUAUUAAUAUUAUAAAUACGAAAUCAAAUUCAGAAUCAUUAAAUCAAAGUAAUGAAUUCGUCACCGUGAAAAAAUUAGUACCUACCUACUAUAUGUUUUAAGACUUCUUUUUCUCCAGGUGGGGUAAGUAGACUAUAUAAGUAGUUCUCUUGGGUGGCGGUUGGAACCGUAGGGAACAGCUUGUAGGUAUCAAAAAAUAUGCAAUUUUAAUAUUGGUGCUAUAGUAGAAAUAAUUAAUACUUUAUUAAUAACAUGCAUAAAAGUUAAGAUUUUGAAAUUAAAAUAACUUCACAGACAGCAUUUAUUUCUCUCGGUAUUAUUUUACUGUUCACUUUUAUUUUAGUUUUAAGUUAAUUUUAAGCAAAUAAUGAACACUUUUUAGUUUUGUCGACGAAUAAAAGCUUGCAACUUUUUAUAUUUUUCACUGUAUUUAAAAAAAGAACAUGACAAUAGACAUGGUGAAGUAAAAAUAGUAAUGAGUUCGUAUUUUAGAUAACUCUAAAAUAAUUUACACGUUAUUUUUAUUUUCUCUCACAAACAAAUAAAUGACGAAGAGACAAUUGAUUCUUAUGUUAUGUCAGUUUUUUACAUAAAUGUACAUCUUAUAUAUCAGUGCAUUUUUAAUGUUUUGUUUCAAAAGAAAAAGUACGUGUCCGAUAUUUUUGCCAAUCUAAAUUGCGGACUAAUUAGAAUCCCUAUGUUUUAACCGUAUCAUCACGCCUGUUAAAAAUGUAUAAAACCUAACAUAUUAUAGAGUAUGAUAACUAUUUUUAACAGUAAUUUAAUGAAAUAAAUUAUAUUUUGAACGAUA